AUGGCGGCGGAGCGGGAGGAGCCGGGCCCCGGUCCCGGUCCCUGCCCAGGGCCCGCGGGGGAUGAGCGGGACGCGGCCGGAGGGUGCCGGUGCUCCGCUCUGCCCGCCCCGGGGCUCAUGGAGCAGGCCCGGCACCGCCUGAGGGAGUUCGAUGUCGGGGACAGGUUCUCCCGCUUGCCGCUGCCCAGAGCCGCCGUGCUGCUGCCGCUGAUGGGGCGAGGGGGGCGGCUGCACCUGCUGCUCACCGUCCGCUCCCUGCAGCUGAGAAGAUCACCAGGGGAAGUGUGUUUUCCAGGAGGCAAAAGGGAAGCCACUGAAAAAGAUGACAUUGACACUGCUCUCCGAGAAGCUAAAGAAGAAGUGGGUCUUCAGCCAGAGAAGGUGGAAGUCAUCUGUAGGCUGAUGCCUGGAAUUGCUAAAAUGAAUAACUUGGUGACACCAGUUGUAGGAUUUAUAGAGGAUACAUUCCAGGCCACCCCUAACCCAGAUGAAGUGAGCGAGGUUUUUCUUGUGCCUUUGGAAUACUUUGUCAAGCCCUUAAAUUACAAGACCUUCUCUUACAAAACCUCCUCAGGUUACUCAACUCACGUACACUGCUUUAUAUACCAUGACCAGGAACAUAAAAAGUCAUUCAAGAUAUGGGGUCUGACUGCACACUUUGCUGUAUUUCUUGCUCUUGUAAUUUUUGGAGAGAGACCUACCUUUGAAGUGGAUUAUGAUCUUGACAACUUAAUUUCAUCCUCUGAAAAUUACUUCAUUAAUUUGUAUGCAUCUGUACAUGAAGGAAAGAAGAGUAAUCUGUGACAACUUGGUCUGGCAAUUAAUUUAUUUUGAAAGAGGAAAAAGGAUGUUGGUUUAUUUCCUUUGUACCUAUUUUCUGAAAGCUACAGUUGAAUUUCUUUGGAAUUGGGAACUUUAGGAUGACAAUCCCUGACUAGAUUAAUACAAUUUUUAAUCUAAGAGUUGUGAGAAGCACACAACAUUUUUUGUGAAGCAGACUUUCAAAAGGUCUGUUUCAGUUCCUUCUCAGUUUCAGUGCCUUUCUUAUGUGUGAUCAGAGAUACUUUCUGUGCUUUGCUUUGUCUAUAAUGAGAUAAUACUGUUUGAUGAAAUUUGUGUCUGAGUUAACCUAUGAAAACUUUCAGGGAUCUGUCUGCCUCUUACAUGUGCCAUAUGUGGACAACGUGAUCCAUACAGUCUUGUGUGGUAUCUCUGAGCACUUACAGAAUGUACAAUAAAAAUACAAAAGGUUUCA